AGAACUUCUUAUGAUUUCUUUUUGUUUAGAACCCAAGUUGAAAAACAAAAAAAAUACCCCAACAAUAAAAUAUGUCCAUCUCAUCGAUCGUGUGCACCCAUUUUCAUAAGCCCCACCUCACCCAUCAUGUUGAGUUUUGCCGGUCGAUAGUCUGAGGUUGAGCUUGUCUGGGUGAAAAUGGGCAGAAAGUGCUCACAUUGUGGAAACGAGGGUCAUAAUUCAAGGACCUGCACAUCUAACAGAGGGACUUUUGCUGGUGGUCUUAAGCUCUUUGGAGUACAACUUGACUUAUCUUCAUCUUCCGUUGCCAUGAAGAGAAGUUCCAGCAUGGAUUGCUUGUACUCAUCAUCACCCUCAUCAUUAUCAUCCCCACCUUCUUCGUUGUCCCCAUCCAGAAUUUCCACUGACGAAAAUUCUGAUAAAACUAGGAUUGGUUAUCUGUCUGAUGGUCUAACAGGCCGAGUACGGCCCCAAGAGAGGAAGAAGGGAGUUCCAUGGACAGAAGAGGAGCACCGAACAUUUCUAAUCGGGCUCGAGAAGCUAGGGAAGGGUGAUUGGAGAGGCAUCUCUAGAAACUAUGUGACAACAAGAACUCCAACCCAAGUUGCUAGUCAUGCUCAGAAGUAUUUUCUACGACAAGGCAACCUUGACAGGAAGAAGAAGCGACGUUCCAGCCUCUUUGACAUGCUGCAGGUUGGGAGCAGCAACAUGGCAGGCCAGUCUAAUGAAAGUUGUAAUCCCAAGAAAAGAGUUCCAGUUUCUACUCGAUAUGCUUUUGAGCGCAAAGUUCACCACAAUACCGGUAGUACUAUUGAUCCUCUACUAGGCCUUUCUCGGUCUGAACAUUUCAAGUCAGAAAACCAAGAAACUGUUUGGCUAUAUGGAUUGAUCAACUCCCAUCUGAUAAUGAACACGUCAAAUGCUGCAAAACCCAGUUCCCCCAAUGCAGCAGUACUGCCUAAUCUAGAGCUCACGCUUGCCGCCCCAAGGCCUUUGGAACAAAUAAAUCAUCCCCAGAAUCCCUUCAUAUCGGCCUAGUCAUUGACAAAUUCACGGAUAAACCAUGGAAAUGAUUAUCCCGCGGCCCUGAUGAUGCCAGUUGCCACCCCGAGCAGAAGAUCAUGAGGAUCGAAUUAUAACAUGUUAAAUGUUUACUGUAUUGCCAUAUAUAAUUAGUAGAUCUUAUUGCGCAAUUUUGUUCCCUUUUUGUGGGUUUUUUUUUUUUUUUUUUUUUGUUUUUGCUCUUUUCUGCUUUGAAAAUUAAUCACAAAAAUUGUUAGGACUAGAUCAGAUAUCUACCAUCUAGUGUUCUCUACGGGGUGACUG